AUGAGUGACCUCUGUGAGCAGUUCGGCGUCACCAGGCAGGCCAUGUCUCGUAUCUCGAAGCUCGGCCAGCAGACGAAAGCCAGCACUGGGUGCGCCGACGUCAAGUCCCGCAAGCCUGGAAACUGUGGGCGCCGUCCCAUGCACACUCUAAGCCAGCUAGAGGAUACACCUGGCCGCCGCGACUGGAAUCUGCAUGUCAACCCUGUGGAAGCUGCUUCGGGACGAGAAGAUGCGCAGACGAACAAGCCGACUCAAGCCGAUGCUGUCGCCAAGCCACUAGGAGCAGCGUUUGGAGUUUGUCCGCG